UACGACUGUCCAUUAACAACAUUCCUUCAUAAAAGUCAGACACCCCUCGCUCAGGUAAGCAUGGACUCGUCUUUACUGUAUUUACCUUCCGUCUCAACUGUCUAAUUAUAGCGCCAUGGCACAGAAGGCCAGCAAGAUCGUUAUUCUCUCUCUGAUCAUCUGCUCCGUCGGCUUCAUUUUCUUCCUGUUGAGUUUUGGGACCGGAAAUUGGCUGGAACCCAAUGCAAACGACAACCAGGGAUUCCUGAGUCUGGGGCUAUGGGAGGCCUGCUUCAGGAACUGGCGCUAUUACAAGGACCCCACACAGAACAUCUAUGACGGAUGUCGCUGGAUGCUGUCCGCGGAUUUUGACGCCAUCCGGGAAUGGAUCUGGCCGUCCUGGAUGCAGGGUGUGCAGGGAAUCAUGUGCGUGUCCCUGGUGCUCGAGAUCUCUGUCGUCAUCGUGUACGUCAUCGUCAUGUUCCACAUGUUACGUCAGAAGUACGUGUACAUAACGCUACUGGUCACUGCAGGGGCAAACUUCAUCUCAGCGUUUUUCUGUGCAGUGAGUUUGAUUGUUUUUCACACAAAAGCUCUGAACGACCUCCGAUGGAUUGAAAACAACGAGAAACAAAACCAGGGCUGGUCCUUCUUCAUCCUGAUUCCCGCCAUCUUGUGUUUCAUCAUUUCCGGUGUGACAACUGUCAUGGCCGCGAGGAGGUUCCAGAGAGACGACAGUGACGGACCAGUGGCGAUCCCCUACCGUUCGUGAGCAGACGGACAAUAUGGUGCUGUGUCAUUUCACUGUCACAGAUUGGUGGGAUCACAUGAUAUUCACGGUACAACUGCGCCCCCUAGCGCGCGGAGCAGCAGCAGAGCAGUGGUGAUAAGCUAUAGCUGUAGUAUACCGGUAUAUUUUCGCUUGUUGAUUAGAAUCUCCAGGCUAUGUUUGGGUCUUCAAAGGUUCAGCAAAUACAAACUAAUAUGUUGUACAUGUAAAUAUGUUUUUCAUCUUCCUGCUCGUGCAUGACAUUUGUUAGUAUGUGCUAAAUUACAAAUACAUUUAUACAUGUAUAUUGGCUAUUGAUCGAGAUAUUCGUAGAAGGAUGUCAUUAAAAAACGACCGUGUUGUCGUUUUAUUCUGCAAUAGAACCGUUUAUCAAGAGCUUUGAUUUUCUAUGGGAUGUUACUAUAUGUACAUAUAUCUAGCAUAGUGUGCACACCAAAAAAAAGCUGUCAAAUAGCUUCGAUCUUUCUUCUAAUUCGCUAAGAGAAGCUUAUUAAUAUUCAUAGGCUGUCAAAAUCGGAAAAGUGUUGCGCCAAGAUUUGCUCUGUUGUGUUAAAAUGACGCUGUUUCAAUUAAAUAUGCAUCUCUGGGUGAAGUCGGACGAUUUUCAUUGCGUUCAAUGUAUUCCUAUCUAUUAGCCAUUGACUGGACAGCAGUAAACCUCGCCUUCAUGAAAUCGGAGUUUGUUACGUUAAAUAACUGACCAAAGUCCACGUUUUUGUUCAAACGGCUCUAUUAACAUUUUCUAUGAUAUUUUUUUGUGCUGUAAAAUUGUUAAAGGGGCAUGGUCACGAUUUUGACCAAAUUUUAUUUUUUCUGUUUUUAUUAUUUGCAAUGCUUUAGGAAUGCAUUUCCAAUGAUUACAUGAAAUUUGGGUGCCAGUCGUUGAGUUUUAAGCAAGAUACAGGGCUCUUCGUCUUCGUCAUGUAAACAAGGCUCGUGCCCUGUUUUUGUUUACAUAGGUUCAAUAUACUAGUAAAAAUCUUUUUAAAGCUGGUUGGUCUGCCUUAUUAUUCAUUUAAAGCACAAAUAAACAGUUCCUUACGAUUAACACAUUUAUUUUAGGUCUUAAACUGGAAUUUUCACCUAAACAUUCGAAAUGUAAACAAACGCUUUGUUUACAUAGCGAAGAAUUGUAAGCUCUGUAACUCGCUUAUAACUCAUCAAAUGACAUUCAAAUUUUAGUUGCCUAUUUAAAAUGACUUACUGAAGCAUUGUAAACAUCAAAAUCGAAAAAUUAAUUUUUUACCAAAAUCGUGACCAUGCCCCUUUAAAUACUAUUGAAGGCUUUGGUCCCGCUUUCAUUAACCUCAAAUUUAUACCACUUUUCUUUUAAGCUGAGUAUCGAGUCGAGUCAUUUUAAAAGGUUGGUGACGGCGGGGCUAAUAUUUAUUACUUAAUUUGUCUCAUGAUCAGAAAUGUCAUCCUCUUAUUUUUUUUCUAGUUGUGUUUUACCUUUUUAUUAUUGAUAUGUGAUGUUUUCCUUGUUAAAACAUUCAUGCACAUUAUAUAUGUUUUUAUGAUUGUCUCAGAGUAAAGAUAAAAACCAUUUCUCUGAAGAAUGUUUGUGUGUGUUAUUUCCAAUUUUAAUAUUUCUUAUUAUAC